CUGUCGCCAGAUGACGAGACACACUGUCUCACAGUCGCUUUCCAAGUAGGAGCAAACUAUGAAUAUUAUGUCAAUACGAGGCUCGGUUUCAAGCAUCUUUUUGCGUGGUAAUUGCAUAUUGCGACAUUCUCGGCUUUCCCCUUCCCGCCCAAGUGCCUCCUCACAUUGUCAACGGGUUCGCAACAGUACAGUAAGGCUAGCCGCACCCCACCAUCACCAUAUCGCGACAACUUCAGCGAUGGCGGAUCGCUUCAAGCUCGUGUACACCGUUCCAGCCUCCCACCUGGCGGUGACCAAGGACGCCGUUUUCAAGAUUGGCGCCGGCGUCUACGACAAUGGCAAAUACGUCCAGGUCGCGUUCGAGCUCAUUGGCUCCGGUCAGUUCAUGCCUGUCGCUGCCGCCGGAGCGGAUCCUCACACUGGCGCUGUCGAUAAUCUUGAGAAAGUCCUCGAGUACCGUGUCGAGGUUCUAUGUGUGGGGCGAGAUGUCACCAAGGCUGCGGUCGACGCUCUGAAAAGCGCCCAUCCAUACGAGGUUCCGGCGUACGAGGUGUACAAGUUGGAAGACUUCUAAUUGCGUCGUAACUGCACUGGCUUGUAAUCCAAGGAUGACUCCACAAUCUACAGGCGACCGAACCCAGGGAAUCCGCCAAUUUAUGUUUUCACCUCUCGUCAUGCUUCACGACCCGACCAGUUCUUGUGAUUUGUACGUGGCAUGUCUUUGCCCAAUGAAAGUGGCCC